AUAGGCGUCACUACGAUUACGUAUCAGUUGUUCCCGUUCUGACGAAAGAAAAGGCGGGAGAAUAGGGAGCGAAGAGCAAAACGAAGCGACGAGGUUUCGGAAUGAGCUUCUUUCACCAUUAUCAAGGAGGAGAUGCCGUGCGAUCUCAAGAUGAAAGACAGAGAUCUCAGAAAGUUGUAGGAAGGCAAGCAUCGUAACUUCGAUCUUUCUCUCGUCCGACUCUGCUUUCACAGUCCUAUAAUUUCAUUUCAUUUCCUCAACUUCCACGAAUCUACGAUCCUACGCAUUUUCUUGUGAAAUUUUUGGUUUGAAGAUCUGAUGUAUGAAUCGAAAUUUCAUGUGGUGAAUGAUCUGUCAGGCAGACUGAAGUAUGAUACAGGACUAGGUGAAAGCAAGUUUGUUCUCCAGGAGUUGGAUUUGCUGAAAGAAGAUUCAAUUGUUUACAAACUGUUUGGUCCUAUUCUUGUGAGGCAAGAUCCAGCAGAGCCAAAUGCAAACGUUCGGAAAAGAGUUGGUUACCUCACUGCUGAAAGAAGCGCGUUGAUGCAAUUAUCGGGGACUUGGGAGAGGAGCAAAUUAUCAAAAGAGAGUAGCCAGAGUAUGAGCCACUGUGUUGCAACAUCUUGGGGCAAAAAGGAAGCCACGAACAAGUCCUUGUUGGCGAUAGGCCCAAAUUUCUUCAACUAUAAGUUGUACAUCAUUAUUGGAAAGGUUUCUCCCUUCAACAAAAUUCCACAAAAUUAACAAAUCAGUUUCAAACCCAUAACGAUAGAAGUGCUAGAGCUAGAGCGAGUUCAACGGGUCUGGACAAGUUUUGACCAUGUCGAGUCGUUAACAUAGUUUCGCUAUUAGAAUUUCUGACAAUCACACCAAAUCCUGCAAUGCCGAGAGAUCUAGAGGCAUCUAAAUUAAGUUUGAAAGAGUCGUCAUUAUCUGGAGGCAUCCAUCUAUUAUUGUUGUUUACAGUUGUUUAAACUCGAGCUCUCGGAAGUGUGUUAUAACGAUAGAAGGCUUGUAGAAGUGUGUUAUAAUCAAUCGAGAGCCCAUUGAAUGGGGUCUUUGUUAUGCCUCUUCUUUUUCUCCCCAAACAAAUUGGUAGUUGAAAAUAUCUAUAUUUUCACGAUUCUCACUUCCUACGUUCCUCCUUUCAUGGCCAACUCUCUAGGCCACUGAAUCCCUCUCCACAUCUAGGAAGGUCGGUGUUCCGUAUGUUUGGCUAGCAAAGCCUUGUUGAAAGGUGUUCCGUAUCUUAGAAACCCGACACGCUUAUAUCCUUGGACAUUGUCACCAGAAGUUUGAGUAUAGGCUAAAAUGGGAUAUGAGCAAUUGCCUAAUCAUAAUAUCAUAUCCAGCUUUUGAGAACGAUUAGCCUUUUCACCCUUGCAACACCUCGUACAUCUUUUGAUUUAGAAAGGUUCAAGAAGCAUGCUUAUUCUUGCAAGAAAAAAACGGGACGCCUAAAUACUUCUGGUCACUUACCACCUGUAAAUGUGUUCUAGAAUUCAUUUUCAGUUGCCUUGAAAAAUAGAUGAUUGUCAUCUGCAAAGAAAAGAUGAAAGAUAUUACGUGUUCUCGUAAAUUUAAAACCAAUUUUCUUCUUAGUAAAUCCUGUUUGUCGGAGAAGGUUCGACAAACCUUUAGCAGAAAUGAGGAAAAGAUGAAGAGCCAAGGGGUUCAUUGUCUUAAACCUACUUAAAGCUAGUUGUGCAAUAAAAAAUUGAAAAGAAAGUCCAUACACGUGCUAUUACGAUUAAUCCAACGACCAUCAAAGCCCAUUCUAUUCAUCAAACAAUGGAGAGAAAUACCUCACUCCUCUGUAUCACAUGUUUUACUCAUGUCCAGCUUUGAAGAUGUAAAGACCUUUUUGUAGUUGACUGCUUAAUGUGGUGAAGACAUUCAUAUGCAAUUAUGACAUU